UCUUGGCCACGCCCAACAUCCCUACCCCUCUCUCUCUCUUUCUUCCGCCAUGGGCAACUGUUGCUCUCAACGCAACACCGAGGAUGCCCCCAAUGACAACAAUAAGGGAGACAACAACAAUGCCACGGACAAUAACCCUAGCGCUGCCAAUUCCGCCCCCAACCCCUCCAGCCACGCUACUCACCCCAAUAAACCUUCCGCCUCCCCAACUCACCCUGGAAAGGUCGCCAAGCCGGGCCCUAUUGGACCCGUCCUAGGCCGCCCCAUGGAGGACGUCCGUACCACGUACAGCAUCGGCAAGGAGCUGGGGCGGGGCCAGUUCGGUGUUACCCACUUGUGCACGCACAAGGCCACGGGAGAGCAGUUCGCCUGCAAGACAAUUGCCAAGCGGAAGCUGGUGAACAAGGAGGAUAUUGAGGAUGUGAGGAGGGAGGUACAAAUCAUGCAUCAUUUGACGGGGCAGCAAAACAUUGUGGAACUCAAGGGAGCUUAUGAGGACAAGCAGUCCGUUCAUUUGGUCAUGGAGUUGUGCGCCGGAGGUGAGCUUUUCGACAGGAUCAUCUCAAAAGGACAUUACACGGAGCGCGCUGCCGCUGCCUUGUUGAGGACUAUAGUUCAGAUCGUGCACACGUGUCAUACCAUGGGCGUUAUUCACAGAGAUCUAAAGCCUGAGAAUUUCCUUUUGCUCAAUAAAGAUGAAAACUCUCCGCUCAAGGCUACAGAUUUUGGUCUAUCCGUCUUUUACAAACAAGGAGAAGUAUUCAAGGAUAUUGUGGGCAGUGCAUAUUACAUUGCACCAGAAGUGUUGAAGAGGAGAUAUGGGCCAGAAGUCGAUAUUUGGAGUGUUGGAGUCAUGUUGUAUAUUCUUCUCAGUGGAGUUCCUCCCUUCUGGGCAGAAUCGGAACAUGGAAUCUUCAAUGCAAUCUUACGAGGCCACCUAGACUUUUCAAGCGACCCAUGGCCUUCAAUAUCAACUCAAGCGAAAGAUCUUGUGAGGAGGAUGUUGAAUUCAGACCCCAAACAGAGAUUGACAGCCUUCCAAGUUCUUAAUCAUCCAUGGAUUAAGGACGAUGAAGCACCUGACGUUCCUCUGGACAAUGCUGUGCUCAGCCGGCUCAAACAAUUUAAAGCAAUGAACCAGUUCAAGAAAGUUGCGCUUCGGGUAAUUGCGGGAUGCUUAUCAGAGGAAGAAAUCAUGGGGCUAAAAGAGAUGUUCAAGGGCAUUGAUACAGACAACAGUGGAACAAUAACACUUGAAGAGCUAAGGCAAGGACUUGCUAAGCAAGGGACAAAGCUGUCUGAAGUUGAAGCUCAACAAUUAAUGGAAGCAGCUGAUGCUGAUGGCAACGGAACCAUAGACUAUGAUGAGUUCAUCACAGCAACGAUGCACUUGAACCGGAUGGAUAAAGAAGAACAUCUCUACACUGCCUUCCAACACUUUGAUAAAGACAGCAGCGGGUUUAUCACGACGGAAGAACUAGAGCAAGUCCUCCGCGAAUACGGCAUGCAUGAUGGAAGGGAUAUCAGGGAAAUCAUUGCUGAAAUUGACGCUGACAAUGACGGUCGAAUUAAUUAUGAUGAAUUUGUAGCAAUGAUGAGAAAAGGAAACCCAGAAGCCAACCCGAAGAAGCGGCGUGAGGAUGUAUUUGUUUGAUCAAUUUGCGGUGGUACACAAGCAUGCAGAUAACAUAUUAACUGAGGAAAGUGGCCAUCACCAUGCGUAAUUUAAAUUAUCCGACGAGAUUAAGGAAGAAUAAUUUCGGGAGAGAAACUAAUUUGGGUGCUCAUGGAUGUUCAUCAUGUACAGUAUCUAUAAAAAAGACAAGAAAAGGGGAGGGAAUGGGAGAGGAGGUGGCUCAAGAAAACUCAAUGUGUGUUGGUUUGUGAAAAUUGUACGUCAAAUGUAUUUCAUCGCUAACUAAUGGUUAGGAAUCAAUUUGUACGUGUUUAACUAAUGUAUAAUCUAUUCUUGUCCAUUAGUAGACUUCUUGUUGACUUGCUGAUUGACAAGACACUAGACAAUGCUUGCACAAUCUUUUCAAGUUUCUUUGUUUGUAUUUUUUUUCUUCUUAAAUUUUAGGAUUAAUUUCAGUUUACUACCCUAAAGUUUUG